GCUUGCUUUGCUUUGCUUUGCGCUGUGCAUACAUUGAUACCACUGCAGUGCCAGUGCAGCCCCGUGCAGUGUGCGGGUGGAGCCAGCCAGCCAGCCAGCCAGCAAGGAAAAGUAACUUUGGCUGCCGCACAUCUCUUGACCUGCUGUUGCUGCUGGGCUAUGCGGUAGUUCCAUUGUUUCCAACUUCCCUCGUCGUCGCCAUCAACCACACCAGCAAUUGCCUUUCGUCGCCAUGAGCACAAAGGACUCACCGGCAGCCACCGCAGCCAUUGCCGCCUCUGCUGCAGCCGCCGCCGCCGCCAACGCCGAAGACUCUCAAGCCGUCACUCGCUGGGAUCGGCAACGUUGGGUUUCCGUCUUCUCGUCCCACAACCCUACCAUCCGGGAGGUCGCGGAGAAUUUGGGCCUAGGCCUGUCCGCCUCCUCGUCCACCACCAAUCGUGGCAUCCCCAAAUUCGAUAACCCCGAUUACCGCAAGCUCUCCAGCGAAGUCACCCGUCUAUCCAAGGAAUUGCCCAAGGACCGCGAUGCCUUGCUCGACUUUGCUGCCGACCCUCUCAGUUUGGACGUCGAACUGGAAAAGCUGCUAGGCAACUGGGGUCCUUCCAUUUGGGGUAGGGAUACCGACCGCUCCUGCCUCCUCACCCCCGAGCAUGCCAAAAAGACCUACACCAAAAAUCUCUACUACGAGGACCCUGCUGACCGCGAAACACUAAAAGUCCAUUUGCACCGAUGGAUCAUCAUCAAGGCCUGUUAUUAUAUCAGAAACAUGAAACUCAAGCGCUCCUCAACUGCAACUGAAUUUGAUACCCUGGCCGACAUGGAGACCGAUGACUUGAUGAGCCCCACCAAGCCUCACCUACUUCCCUCUCCCAAUGGGACCUCCAUCUCUCUAUCGCCUUCUGUCGAAACCGUGUCCACCAUGGCCGGCACCGAUCCAGCCGUCAGGAUGAUUGGCGGCAAGAAGCGCAAGAGCUCCAUAUUUAACUCCGCCUCCGACGGGGAAGACGUCGACUCACCUCUCGUGAAGCGUCCAUACCAGAGCCAUACACUGCCCAGAACCAAGAACAGUCCUCGCAAAUCUGUCAAGUCCUUUUCGGGAAGCCCGGUCUCGGAAAAUAUACCACCCAUCACUACCCUGGCCCAGGGUCAAUACAACGGCUUCCAGACGAAACUCGCUCCUACUUCUGCUCCUGAAACUAGCCGAAACCUCCUGACACCGCUCUCGAGUAACCAUCUAAAUGGCACCGCCAGACCUUUCAAUUCCGCACCACCGCCAGCUAGCGGCCCUGCUAGGUCCAACCCUUCAGGGGGUUUCACUACUGUUAAUACCUCACCGCCAUCCAAGGACCACGCCGCCCGUACCUCUGCACCCCCACCGCCGACUAACUCGACCUAUGCCAGCCCCUACGACGUCAGUCCUCACAGCAAGGCAUCUGUACCGCACGACGCCCGGAACCUUCCCAAGGCACCCCCACCAGCCACCUCUGCGCCUAGCCAGGGUUUCCAGGCCAUCAACUCACCGCCCGUCGCCAAUGGCACCAUUGUGAAAGGGCCUAGCAGCCGAUCCAAUACUCCUGUACCGCAUCACCACCAUCAUCAUCACCACCACCAUCGAUCUGCCGUCGCUCCUCAACGACCCAGUCGGUCAAAUACCCCCAUUUCUAUAGCUUCAGCAACUUCGCAUAGCGCCGAUAGGAACGGCGACGCCCAUGCACACAUGAAGAUGACAUCAAGUUUGAGUCAGUCCUCUCAUUCCGGUCAUGUCAUGGAAAGGCCUACCGAAUCUCACCCUCCAAGAAAACUGUCUACAAACCCGGUCCAGGCGGCACCAGCCGUUCAAUCGACGCAACAAAUUCAGCCACACCCUGGAUCACGCACGAAUCAUGUCAAUGCCCCAGCAGCUGCACCCGCCGUGGGCGUGGUUCAUUAUGCUCCCCCUGUUCAACCGGUGCUUAAGAGUCACCCCGUCGAGUCCUUACCACCUGUGCAACCUCCUACCGGGGCCCUCGACAUCAGCUUGUUACAAUGUGAAGUUCUCGGCUUGUUGAUGCAGUACUUCUUCCCCAAGUCUAGUUCACCACCCGACGAAGGUCUCCUAUUCCAUCGGAUCGAAAGCCUUUGGCACGUAGGCGCUGCUCUCUUCCGCAAACAGAUGGGCCAGCUCUACGACCUGCAAUCAAAAAUCCUCCUCUCAUGGCUCCACGAGCGCCGCAUGCUGAGCCACCUGCGCCGUUCGCUCGUGUACAAGCCGGGCGUGCCUGCUUCGGAAAUGGGAGACCGCCUGCUUGCCAUGAACGAUAUCAGGAUCAUGCGGCUCAAGUGGAAAAACAUGGGCACUGCGGAAGGCUUUAGCUCCGAUGACUUGCUGUGCAGGAGUCUUGCCGUCUUGACCAAUACCGAGGGCACCGAGUGCCUUUUCAAAGACGGUAUUGAUCGCUACGGCGAUGGCUUGAUUGAUUUUUUGAGAGAGGAAGAUAUGAGGAUUUUUGUGUACUAUAAGAAGUAA